CCUCGCUUACACAGUAUGGCCGGCGACAUUAGCUAGCGCUCGCUCAACUCUCUCUAACGGGGAAGCAGCGGACUACCAGAGACUGAACUGUAUCUGCCUCUAUUUCCAACAGACUCACGUUCAACUUUCGCUCACGAAAAUAGCCGGGAAAAUUUUAUUAGUCCUUUUUUUUAAAAAAAGUUAAUAUAAAAUUAUAGCAAAAAAAAAAAAAAAGGAACCUGAACUUUAGUAACACAGCUGGAACAAUCCGCAGCGGCGGCAGGAGCGGCGGGAGAAGAGAUUUAAUUUAGUUGAUUUUCUGUGGUUGUUGGUUGUUCGCUAGUCUCACGGUGAUGGAAGCUGCACAUUUUUUCGAAGGGACCGAGAAACUGCUGGAGGUCUGGUUUUCCAGACAGCAGUCCGACGCAAGCCAGGGAUCUGGGGAUCUUCGUACCAUCCCAAGAUCCGAGUGGGAUGUCCUUCUGAAGGAUGUGCAGUGCUCAAUCAUAAGUGUGACAAAGACUGACAAGCAGGAAGCGUAUGUACUCAGUGAGAGUAGCAUGUUUGUCUCCAAGAGACGUUUCAUUUUGAAGACAUGUGGUACCACCCUCUUACUGAAAGCACUGGUUCCCCUGUUGAAGCUUGCUAGGGAUUACAGUGGGUUUGACUCAAUUCAAAGCUUCUUUUAUUCUCGCAAGAAUUUCAUGAAGCCUUCUCACCAAGGGUACCCACACCGGAAUUUCCAGGAAGAAAUCGAGUUUCUUAAUGCAAUUUUCCCAAAUGGAGCAGCAUAUUGUAUGGGACGUAUGAAUUCUGACUGUUGGUACUUGUAUACUUUGGAUUUCCCAGAGAGCCGAGUAAUCAAUCAGCCAGAUCAAACCCUGGAAAUUCUGAUGAGUGAGCUUGACCCAGCAGUUAUGGACCAGUUCUACAUGAAAGAUGGUGUUACUGCAAAGGAUGUCACUCGUGAGAGUGGAAUUCGUGACCUGAUACCAGGUUCUGUCAUUGAUGCCACACUGUUCAAUCCUUGUGGCUACUCAAUGAAUGGAAUGAAAUCGGAUGGAACAUAUUGGACUAUUCACAUCACUCCAGAACCAGAAUUUUCUUAUGUUAGCUUUGAAACAAACCUAAGUCAGACCUCCUAUGACGACCUGAUCAGGAAAGUUGUGGAAGUCUUCAAGCCAGGAAAAUUUGUGACCACCUUGUUUGUUAAUCAGAGUUCUAAAUGUCGCACAGUGCUUUCUUCACCCCAGAAGAUUGACGGUUUUAAACGUCUUGAUUGCCAGAGUGCUUUGUUCAACGAUUACAAUUUUGUUUUUACCAGUUUUGCUAAGAAACAGCAACAACAGCAGAGUUGAUUAAGAAAAAUGAAGAAGAAAAAACGCAAAAAGAGAAGCCACGCAGGAGGUGGUGGCUGCUUUCUAGAUGUUGAUCCUGGGGGCCGUGCUGACCGUGACCACCACCUUGUAGUUGCAGAAAGCCCUAGGUGUAAUGAUAGUGUAAUCAUUUUGAAGUGUAUGCAUUAUUAUAUCAAGGAGUUAGAUAUCUUGCAUGAAUGCUCUCUUCUGUGUUUAGGUGUUCUAUGCCACUCUUGCUGUGGAACUGAAGUGCAUGUAGAAAAGAACUUUGACUGUAUGAGUCUUUACGACACUUGUGAAAAUGAUUCAAUUUGGUUUAUGCACAGCGUAAUAUUUCUGCAGGCAUCAUCUAAAAUCCCCCACAGACAAGGCUUUCGUCCCCAUUAGAUGUGGCCUCAGCUGACCAUCUGCGACUGUUCUAUUCAAUUGCUGCCAGAGUUUUUACAUCCAGUUACCUCCACUUUCUAGAGCACAUUCUCUACUAAUGUUGUUCAAAACCAAUUUUUACUUCAUACAGGUGUUUUAUGCAAUGGCAAUUAAAGUUUUUCUUCCACAAGUCGAGUCUUUGUAAGAACAUGAUUCCAGUUGCUUUUUGUGUUCUACUGUUUUGGUAGCUGCUCCUGCAUUUAUAGUCCUAUGGUUUUCUUACCACCCCUGAUAAAGCAAUACACUGUUACACUGUGGGCUUACAUUAAAAUCUUACACCCCAGAUGAGUUUGGAGAUGGUCCCUUGCUUAAUUUUUUUCCCUAAGAUAUAAGAAUGUGGCUUCCUGAUUGGCAUGAACUUCUGUGGAACAUGAAUGGCAAAACUGAAUGUAUCAAAUGAAAAUAAGGAGAACCCAUUAAAAAAGAAAACUCAUGGAAAUGACAGUGCACUUUAAUUAGCAUUAAUGGAGUGCCUACCAUGCCUUCACUAUGUCAAAGCAGAGAGCUAAUCCUAAGCAUUCUGACCUCAGCAAGUGCGGCCAUCGCCACCAGUUUUUCUAGAGGAGAUUUUGAUUCAGAGGAGAAUCUGGUUGAAUGGCUGACCAGAGGGAGGACUCUCCAGGCUCCUCAGCCAGACAGGGAAUGUAUGAAUGGAUGGACCAGCACAAUAUUUUGAAUCUAUUUAAUGGCAUUAGAAAUGGCUUUCAAGAGUCGCAUGUCAGUGGCAUUUGCAAAUACUGUGGGAUUUAAACAGAAAAGAGCAAACUGGACUAAACUCCCUAUUUAUUGCCCUUCUACUGUUUUCUUGGUAGUUUCUGGACUGACGCAGUGAUGUUUUGUUCCUUCCGUAUUUAUAACGAAACACUUUUUUAGUGUUUCUAAAUAUAGAAUCUACUUGGUUUGAGAUCAAGUGGUUGGAACACUGUCUGGAUUUUUACUUUAUACAACACGGCGUUGAUUGUCUGCUUCACUGGGGAAGCUUUCAGUCAGCUUUAUCAGUCUGAUUUUUGUAAUGAGCACAGCACUUAUUUUGAAUUGCUAUUUGGAGGACCAGUGCUUAUUUAAGCUGGAUUUUGCUAACCCAGUAGGUUUUAGCCUGAGGUCUGAUUCCCCCAUCUUAUAAAAUUAAAAAUCCUAAUGUUGAGAAUUGCGUAGGUUUGUGUGGAACAAAGCCUAGAAAACCUGUAGGUGGACUAGUGAUCUGGUGUAACUACAGGCGGGGAAGUUUUGGUGCCAUGAUUUCUCUUCGUUGGUGUUGGACUUUUAAUCAGCUGAAAUGUAUUUCUGUACCACAAUGUAAGCUUCAAUAAAAGUUUGCUUAAUUGUCUAGUAA